CGAUUUUCGUCCUCUUUUGCUGCGAACCUUCAAAGGGAACGGUUGUGUCAAAUUGCAAUAUUUUUUCUAAUUGUAAUUUGUAAUCGAUUUAUUAAAGUAGUGAUAUUUUAAUUCGUGUUCUACGCUUCAGAGUUAAAAGAAAACUAAAAAUGACUUAUCCACAAAGCGGUGAAGAUUACCAGGCUCGUUCCAAUGGUUUCUCCAAUUUCAAAAGCGGAGGAAACAACGGAGGAGGAGGAGGUUACAACAACAGAAAUGGCGGUGGUAGCUAUAAUAAACCAGGAGGUGGAUUUAAUAACGGCAGAUUUAAUAAUAAGUCUUUCGGGGAUAAUAGUUACAAUAAUCGCAACGGGGGCGGGUAUCAAAACAAUUUCAACAGGAACAAUCAAGCAUAUACCGGCAACGGGGGGUUGAGACAAGUAGAAUGGGCUAACAAAAAGUUACGUCCAGUGGAGAAACACUACUAUGUUCCCCAUCCUUCUGUGGCAAGCCGUACUCCCUUUGAGGUUGAGCAGUUUCGCAAAGCAAAAGAAAUUACUGUCGAAGGGGAAGCACCUAACCCUAUUCAGAACUUCGACGAAGCAAAUUUCCCUGAUUACAUUCUAACAGAAGUUUGCAACAAGGGAUAUGAAGCUCCUACACCAAUUCAAGCACAAGGCUGGCCAAUUGCAAUGAGUGGUCAUGAUAUGGUUGGUAUAGCACAAACAGGAUCUGGAAAAACUUUAGCCUACAUCCUACCUGCUGCAAUUCACAUCAAUAACCAACCACCUCUAAAUAAAGGAGAAGGACCAAUCGUGUUGGUUCUUGCUCCUACUAGAGAACUGGCUCAACAGAUUCAAGAGGUUUCCAACGAUUUUGGCCGGUCUACUAACAUCCGUAACUCUUGUAUCUUUGGAGGUGCUCCCAAAGGGCCCCAAGCUCGCGACCUACAAAGGGGUAUUGAGAUUUGCAUUGCCACGCCCGGCCGUCUUAUAGAUUUUCUCGAAAAAGGAGCUACUAACCUAGAGAGAUGCACAUAUUUGGUUCUUGACGAAGCUGACAGAAUGUUAGAUAUGGGAUUCGAACCACAAAUUCGCAAGAUUCUCAGUCAGGUCAGACCCGACAGACAAACACUUAUGUGGUCUGCUACAUGGCCCAAAGAGGUUAGGAAAUUGGCUUCUGACUUUAUGAAGAACCCCGUUUACAUCAACAUAGGUUCAAAGAACUUAUCUGCCAAUAACAAUAUUGUACAGUUCGUUGAUGUCUGCCAGGAGCAUGAAAAGGAAAGGAAGUUGGGAAGUCUCUUGCAAGAGAUUAACAGCAAUGCUGACUCUGGCUCGAAAAUUAUAAUUUUCGUAGAGACCAAGAAGAAAGUUGAAGGAAUAACAAGAUCAAUAAGAAGUGUUGGUUGGUCAGCAUUGUCUAUGCAUGGAGAUAAGAGCCAGCAGGAACGAGACUAUGUCCUAAGGGAAUUUAGAACUGGAAAAUCUAGUAUUUUGGUAGCUACUGAUGUAGCAGCCAGGGGGUUAGAUGUUGAGGGUAUAAAAUAUGUUGUAAAUUACGAUUAUCCUCACUCCUCAGAAGAUUACAUUCACAGAAUCGGUAGAACUGGUCGUUCAGAUUCUGCCGGUACAUCAUAUGCAUUUUUCACACCUUCCAACUACAAACAAGCUAGAGAUCUGAUCUCCGUACUGAACGAAACUAACCAGGUGGUAAAUCCAAAAUUGAGCGAAAUCGCCGGAAAAACAAACAGCUUUGGCAAAGGCAAUUCGCGUUGGGGAAACGGGAGGUUUCAAUAAAAGGUUUAACAACCAAGGAGGCGGCAGCUAUAGGAAAUUUGGUGCCACAAAUAAUUACUCAAACGGAUCAACAGGAUACUCAAAUGGGUUCAAUAAUGGCAAUGGUUAUUGAGAUUUGAGCGAACGAGAAGGUGGUAUAUAGGUUUUAGAUAUUUAUCAGUAUUUCUCAAGUGCAUAAAUGUGCUGCACGUUUUCCAGUUUUUAUUUUUAUAGAUUGACAUGUAAUAUUUAAAGCAGUUUUACUACGACACAGCAUAUUACCAGUAAAAUAUCUUACUUGUUCUAGUAGUGAAGUGAAUUAUAUUAUUUUUUUCUUGUUUUAUUGGUAGAAUUCUUUGUUUAGGUAAAGAACUUGAAUCAUAAAUGUGAUUUGUUUAUCUAAGACUUUGUCCUACACAAAUUGUAAGUUUUUGUGGUUGUAACGCUGUGAUAUAAAUAUUUAUUUCUCUAGGUUUACGUAUAUCUUUUCUCUCUGUGCAUAAUGCACCCAUAUAUAAAGGAUUAAAUAAAGGUUUAAACCCA